AUGUCGGAUCUACGUUCACUGACAGGAUUCAGCUUCGGCGAUGUUGAAACAUAUAUUAAACUUAAACUUGAUAAAAUAUGUGGUGGUGCUACUGCUAGCCAUAUGAAAAACUUCAUGGUGCAUCAGAAAUCAUUUGCAUUACAUUCGGAAGAAGGACAUAUUUUUAGAAUUGUAAUUAAAUGUGAACAUAACCAAUUUUGUGCGAAUAAUAGUAGCAUUCAAACUUAUUCAUUUCAAUUAAUUGAUGAUUCCGAUUAUUUUGAAGGUGAUUAUGCAUCACAUAGUGACAUUUUUAGAAAACAAGAUAAGAAUGGUGGCGAGAAUGUUGAUAAAGAUAAUGAUGACAAACUAUUCUAUCCCACACGCUCAUCAAAAAUACUGUUAUCAGAGAUACAGUAG